AGCUGUGGCUCACAGAAGUCCAUUGAGCAGGGCGGCGGAAGACUCAUGGUGGCCAUGCUUUUCAUUGUCUUUAGUAUUGGGGUUGCUAUGGCGGCCAGUUGGGAGGAUGACUGCAUUGAACCCGUGCCAGGCAUCAAUUUUCUGCUCCAGGUGGAAAAACAGAGAAAGUUUGCGAGAGGAGCAGGAGGACAUUUGACAAAUUGCGGGCGGUUGAUCUACGAAAUAUGCGAUCUAACUGCCACAGCAAAGUGCACACUCACGGGCAGGAUUGCUAUCGGCCAGUUCCAGAGGUGAUGGCCGAACAUCCAGGAAUGGAUGGCUAUUGCUAUUUCAAUCAAACUGGUUUUUGGGUGUCUCCGUUACCUGAUAAAGAUCAGGAUUGUAUCGAAUAUGCCAAGGAGGGCAUACUUGGUCUAAGAAAGUUUGGUGGCUACCGCGGGAAAGAUAGUGGUCCCCUGAUCACUUUCAAUUUUGAGGGCCAGGUAAUCACAAGCUACAUGGACGCAGGGCAUUAUUCCUAUGAUGACCUCUACGGAUACUCCUUGGGCUAUUUGCAAGGGCAGGGCCUAGAUACAGAAUUGAUUAAGAACGCCAGUGGCUGGACAGCCAUUUCGAGGCAGAAGUGUUUGGAGAUCCAGACCAAGUACAACUUCCAAAAUGAAGCCUAGCUCAUUAUAUAUUCAUUCCUACCUAUCAGGUGAGGGUUGUUAGAUUUUAUAUCAGCUGCCUUGCUCUCUCCUCUCUCCUCUCCUCUCUCCUCUCCUCUCUCCUCUCCUCUCUCUCCUCUCCUCUCUCCUCU